ACUCAUUAUUAUAUCCAACUCUAUGAGAGCUACGUAUGAAGCCAAACCAAGGGCGCUGAGCCAAGCGAACCCGGAAAUAUCAAAUACUCAAUCAUUUGAUUGCGGUUGAGGGUUAGAUCAUUCGUUCCCCGGGAAAUGUUUGAAAAAUGGCAAAGCUCGCAGAACUCUUUGAAACUGAGAUCCCAGCAGGACGGGGAAAACUGAAGGAAAGUUGUGCCAACUUGGUCAAUGUUGCAUCGCAUUGUGAAGAAAAUUAUGUGAAGGCUGAAAAUAAGAAGGAUGCUUUAGCCGAGACAAGACAGUAUGCCACACAGGCCCUGGCCAGCGUGGCCUAUCAGAUCAACAUGCUAGCCACCAGCAUUCUGCAGAUGCUGGAUUUGCAAGGGGUGCAACUGGCAGACAUGGAGAUGAGCACCAAUCACCUUGCCAGGAGUGUGAGCGCACACAAAGAAAAGGUGUCACGCCGAGAAAUUGGAGUCCUGACCAAAAAUAAGAAUUGCAUCCGCACCCACAAGAUCGUCGCUCCGGCCAACCCAGAGAAACCCAUCAAGUACAAGUCGGUGCCCAUCGACUUUGGCACGCUAGACAACAUUGGCCAUGGCUUAAAGAUCACCGACCCCUCCAAGGCGCCGGGGGCCCAGAAGCGCAAGGAGUCACUCGUCAGCCCCAGCAGCCCAGCGGUAGACAACUUCCCAAUCUUCAACCCAGAUGCCCGGCCACCCAAUUCCCCCUCGGAGUGCGACCUGUACGCCACAGUGCGCAAGACCCCCAUGGGCUCCCCCAAGUCCGUGCGGCAGUACCGAUCGCCCAAAGCUGGCCCCCAGGGGGGCACUCCCUCACCACCUCCACCCCCUCCAGCCGGACCCGACAUACCCCACCCACCUCCUCCACCAGAAGCCACUUUUCCCCUUCCCCCCAUGCCUGAAGCUCCAGACUCUGCCCUCACUCCUCCCGUGAUGGCUCCACCGCCCUCAUUUCCCAAACCACCCCCGGGGCCUAAAGUUGCCGGUCAGGAAAAGGCGACAGUGGGGGGUGUGGCUGCUAUGAUGAUGAUGCCCCCACCACCCCCUCCUGACAUGGUUAUGCCUCCAAAUGAAGGAGCUUCUGUGCCACCUCCCCCACCAAUGGAUGACACCCCUUACCCGGCCAACAUGGGCAUCACUGAUGAGGAGAUGCCUCCCCCACCAGAGUUUGUCCAGGCUGGUGAUACGGACCAGUCAGCUCCAGCUGACUACAUUGAAAAAGUCAUUGCCAUUUAUGGCUAUGAGAAGAACCUGGAUGACGAGCUGACUUUCCAAGAAGACGAUAUCAUCUACGUUCUUAACAAGAACCCCAAUGGUUGGUACGAGGGCAUUCUGAAUGGCGUGAAAGGUAUGUUCCCUGGCAACUACGUACAGACAGUCCCUUAGAUUGAUCCCUCAGCAUUCAUUAACGUCUGGACAACAAUCAGUGUUUUUAGGAUUUUUUAUCCUUUUUCUACAGUUUUUGAAAAAACAAUUCACCCUCUGUGAACUUCAUACUAGUUUGAAUGAUCUGAACUUUGCAGUUUAUAAACAUUAGUCGGGCUUGACAUGCCCAUCCGAGUGAAAUGUAUUUCACAAGAUUUUCUGUAUGUUUCUCAAAGUUUUAUAGACAGACUGAUGACUUGAAUUAAGUUUUCAAUAAAAACCUAUUUUUAAUACAUGUGUAAUUGUAGAAACCAUGGAGAGUGAAAUUAGUUUAGGGACACAAAUCACCAAUAAAACCCAUAAAAUGCCAUACAACAACAUAUUCAAUUUUCUAGCAAAGGCUUCACACUGAUUGCAACAUUGAGGUUUCCUCCUAAUAUGACAUCACACUUUUUCUCAAGAAUAUGGAAAUUUGCAUCCACAUGAAAAUCUAAAAGGUUCUGAAAUGCUAUUAAAAAUAAUGUCAAACACAAGAUUAAAAGUGGGAUUAUAUGAGACACAGAGAUACAAGGACUGUAUUAAAAAGAACAAAAUUACAGUACUUCACAAUAAACUCUUUUCUAUAAAAGUAAAUUGGUAUCUGGAUGGCACUUCCAUUAUUGAAUUUCUGACGUGAGAUUAAAUUAUGUGGAAGAAGGGCUUGAAUUAGUUCAUGACUGGUAUUUUGCACUGCUGAUAUACAGAUGUAACAAAUGAAAUGCAUUACAAGGAAGUUAAAAUGUAAGAAUGAAAUUGCAAGGAAGUUAGAAUGUGACUCAUGCAAAAACAAACAACCCAUUUACUUUGUUUACUUAGAGCAGCUGUGAUAUAUACAUACGUCAUACUCUAAGGGUUUGAAAUGAAAGUUUCAUUUAGGACACGUCUAAUGUGUAGAUCUAUUUGGUUAUAUUUUGGAGAUUUUUUUUAAUGCAGAAUAAAUCUGACAUAUUCCACCAGUGCUUCGUUAUUAGUGCUAUAUUUUUGUAAGCAGAACUAUAUUUUUGCUGUACAUAAAACUUCAGGAUUUUUAAUGAGUGCAUGAGUGUUAGGUUUAGAUGCAUAUUUAAACUGUACUUUCGUCAAUUAAUUUACAUAUACAUGUACUAUUUAAUUCCCUGCAAUGUAUAACCAACUCAUUGCCUUCAGAAAGUGUUCUAAAGAUUGUCUGACACACAAGGGGAUCUUGUUUCAUUGGAAUUUUCCCUGAACCAGUUGUUAUGUCUUAGGCCUGUUUGAAUGGUUAUGUCAUCGGCUUUAGAGAGGGAAACAGAUGUUAUGAUUGGUUUUUAAAAAAAAAUUUCGAAAUCUACACAGGAAUUGUUUUUAAUUUGAAUUCACCAAUUUUCAGUACGAAAAGGUUAAAAAAAGGGUCUAGUGUUGGAAGUAUUUCAAAGAGAGGGAUUUUUCAAAUUCACCAAAUUGUCAUGUUGUGUGGAGUAACAUCAGGCAAGACCGUGUCUGUUCUGAAAUUGCCAGUCAUUGUAAAAUGUCGCUCAUCUUUGGAUUGGAUUUAUAUGCAAUUGGUUUGCAAAGAUUGCAGGUACUUUCUUGUAUGUAGUAAUGCAUCAAACUAAGUCCGAAGAAGUGCCUCUGAUACGCAUUUACUUCCUUGAUCUCAUUUGUCUCUCUCAAAAGGGGGGGGGUGUAGAGGUCUCAUAUAUUUUUUGAUACCAUUUGGGAAACGGUCCCACAUUCUUCACGUUUAGGCUUGUUCUCAUGAAUAAGCCAUGUGUUCAUUUCUAUCUUCAUUUUGUAUAUUAAAUAGGCAAGGUGGAAGUAAAAUAAAUGGAGGGAAUCAAUGUUGCAUUAAUUUAUACGAAUGCAGACAUAUGUUUGAUUGCUAAUACUUACUCAAACACAAAAUGCAACGUACAGGAUGUUGUACGUUCAAUGUUGUUUUAGAAGUCUCAAUAACACAUGUCGGGUUAUCAGCAACUCAAAGGGUGGACACGGAAAGCAGUAUUUUUAAUACGAUAAUCUAUUUUAGAUAUGUCAUAGUAUUUCGAUGCCUAUUAAUAGACAAUCUGGUUGGUGCCAUUAUUGGUGUAUAAUAACAUCUAAGCUGUGCGAUGGGAUUUAACGUCUCCGGAAACUGAGAUUUUCACUAUAACAUCCGGUUUGAUGAUGUCAUCCAGAAAUGUUACCAAAAUUUCUAUUUUGCGAAUGAAUGUUUGUGGUCUCUUUGAGAAAACUCUGGCACUCGAAUUUCGGUUAAACUAUUUACAUUUGAAUUUUCUUCAAUGUUGCAUUUGGGAGCCCCCAUUCCAUAUGAUACAUUCGAGGGUAGAUCUAGGGAUCGGGGAGUGAGGCCAUGCCCUCCCCUACCCAGAAAGGGCCCUAAUAUUAUUGUUUCGCUUUUGAAAAAUAAUGAGAGGGGGGGUAUUUCUGGGAUUAUUUCAUUUCUUGUCCUUCCAAAUGCCUUAAAAAAGAGCCAUCAAAUUUAGACUCACCCCUCAGAAAGGCCAUAAAAGUUUGCAUGCUGAAAUUCCAAAUUUUUUUUUGCCUCUGAAAAAUAGUUUGGGAACCCCCCCCCAAAGAAAAUUGGCUCUAGAUCCGCCCUCGAUGGCAUUAUCAAGCCUCAGUUUCUGUUUGACACACAACUCCCAAGUAUGUGAAUUAUUCUGUUAGUUGUCAAAAAAUCAGUGCUUAUGUUUUAUGUAAUGGGUUUAGUUUACAGAGCAAGUACUCUUUCCAAAAGAUUAACAUACUACAAAUAUUAUGCCUUAUUUUGUAUCAAACUUGAUGUUAAAAAUACAAAGUUGUAGUGCAUCAUAGUGUGGCGUUUAUGAAAGGAGAAAUCAAAUGUAAAGUCUCGCGACCAAAUUCCCAAGCACUGAGAAAAUCAUUAAAACAGGUUUUUAUGGCCUCCGGCAAUGAAAGGGGCGGAUCCGGGGGGCCAUACCCCAUCUGUUUCAUUUUAAUAGAAUAAGAGAAACACAAUGUUGAGGCACCAUUUCUCGUGCUCUCCUUCCUAAUCCGUGUAAGACGCUCCCAAAUUUAGUCUCACUCCUCAGAAAGGCCACAGAAAGUUACAAACAGAAAUUCCCCAAUUUUCCCCCUUCCCCCGAAAAAUUCGUAUUGGAUCUUCCCUGGUAGCAAGAUUGUGUGGCGAAGACGCACGCACAGAAACACAAUCGCGUUCUGAGGAGCUUGCCACAAAGUAAGCUUCCAACCGAAGAACGUUUUUCAUUCAAAAAUAUUUGUGCUGGAGGAAGAAAGUAAACAAAUUUUGUAAGAAUUCAAGGACACGUCAACUUCAGAGAACCACCACUCCAGCAAAGUUGCACAUUCUAUUUGUGAACGAUUACACUCGUACCUGUAAACAAUGUAUGCCUCACUUUGGGAAUAGAUUAUCCUUUUUUUAGGCAGAAGGGUAUCAGAUAUCUACUCAAACGUUCCCAAGAUGUGGAAUAUAUAUGCCCAUCUUUUGUCUGAUGUUGGAUCCAUCUGCUAAGUCUCGUUCUCUGCAGCAAAGCAAAUUCUAGUAUUGGUUAGCACAUAGACCCGCAAACGGGGCCCUCCGUAGACUCCUCCAUCGAUCGUAGAGUGUGGCCCCUUUAUGAUGAUGAAAGGACACUAGGGGCAGCAACGGUUCUGCCAACCUAAUAAAAUUACGUACAGGGCUGUGCCUCUACGUGCAGGAAGGAUAAGCCUACAAUAUCGGCACCUUUAAGAUCAACACCCCGUGUUGCUGAUUUUAAAAUUUAAUGUAUCUUACUAAAACUACAAUGACCCUCGGUGGCUUGUACCUUACAAUUCAAAGGCGUCAAGGCGACGUCUGAAAAGCCUAGAUAUCGGUUUCGCGCAAGGUUCAUGGAGCUGUUUUGAGGAACGUAGGCGUUGUUUCCUAGGCCUCCUCCAUCUAGGGAAAACAAGUGCCACUUAUCAGGCCCGUCGCCGGGGGGGGGACGAGGGGCCAGGUCCCCCCAGCAGGAGUCUUCCCCCCAUCAGUAAAAAGCGGAAGCAUGAAAAUAUAUAUUUUGAUGUGAUGUGCCCUCCUAGCUGAAACUGUGGCCUCUUUAAUAGAGCCUGAUGAAGCUGGCGACGCAACGGGGAUGGUUACUGUUCUAGAAAUACAUGGUUUUCAUUUUCUUUACGAGUUAUA